ACCGGGAAAAGGCGACCUCCUGAGGAAAGAAGGUCAAGAAGGAAGCUUUGCUGCAGUAGCUACUUUUUUGGAGUUUUAUUUCUGGAUCACAGAUGAUUUGUUAUGUUCUCUUUCAUCCCGAGAUUUGAUUUUUGAGCAAAAUUUUCACUUUAUGCAUUAG